CGCUCUCUUCUUGGACAGAUGGGGCAGAAGAUGGAUGGGUUUCGCGUCGAUGUGCAUCUGCGGAAUCUUCUCCUUCAUAGCCUUAGCCACUCCACCUGGCCCGAUAACGGUGGCUAUGGCGGUCAUAGCGCGUCUCGGGGUGAAUAUCGCGGCCAAUAUCGGUUUCCAAUACGCGGCGGAAAUGCUGCCGACCGUCGUGCGAGCCCAGGGCGUAUCUUUGAUCCAUAUCAUCGGCUACGUCGCUCACAUCUUGGGACCAUACAUCGUCUACCUUGUAAGUAGAAAAUAAUCCGAUUUUUGUCUUAUUUG